CUGAAGGGGUCUCCCACUUGUAAAUGACCCGGGGGAAAAAAAAAAAUUCAUGACGACUUCACUGGGCCUCCUCUUAUUCUUCCAUUUUUCUUUCCACCUGCCCUCUUCGUGGAAUGGAGCGUCAUUCCUUAGAGCACAGAAUCUGUUGUGCAUCUAAUAAUGACUAUGCUGUGAUAGGGAUUCUUGAACAGUUUUACGCGUGAGGCUUGAAACAUUAACAGAUGAUGGUUUGUUCGUUUGGAUUACUGCGGAACUGCAGCUCCGUCCCUGCAAGGAUUUUAUCCUCAGCACUGCACUGAUUAAGCUAUUUUUCUACAAAGAUGGCAGUGUGCAGGGUAGAAGGGAACAGGACCCAUAUGUCAGUGGUCUAGGAUGGCCAGUGAAGGCUCCAACAUCCCAAGUCCUGUGGUCCGUCAGAUUGACAAGCAGUUUCUGAUUUGCAGCAUAUGCCUAGACCGUUACAAGAACCCCAAAGUACUUCCCUGCCUGCACACUUUCUGUGAGAGGUGCUUACAGAAUUACAUUCCAGCCCAUAGCUUAACCCUUUCUUGCCCCGUGUGCCGCCAGACCUCCAUUCUGCCAGAGAAAGGGGUUUCUGCGCUCCAGAACAACUUCUUUAUCACCAACCUGAUGGAUGUCCUGCAACGAACGCCGGACAACAGCAUUGAAGAGUCCUCCAUCUUGGAGACUGUCACCGCUGUUGCUGCGGGCAAACCGCUUUCCUGCCCCAAUCAUGAUGGAAAUGUGAUGGAGUUUUACUGCCAGUCCUGUGAGACAGCCAUGUGCCGGGAGUGUACAGAGGGAGAACACGCAGAGCAUCCCACAGUACCACUCAAGGACGUGGUGGAGCAACACAAAGCUUCCCUCCAGGUUCAGUUGGAUGCUGUCAACAAAAGGCUUCCAGAGAUCGACUCAGCACUUCAUUUUAUAUCUGAAAUCAUACACCAGUUAACCAACCAAAAGGCUAGCAUUGUAGAUGACAUUCAUUCCACUUUUGAUGAACUCCAGAUGAGUGUGCUGCUUAUGGAACUGGAAGUGAAUUAUGGCCUUAAACACAAAGUCCUCCAGACACAGCUGGAUACCUUACUUGAAGGACAAGAAAGCAUUAAAAGUUGCAGCAACUUUACGGCCCAAGCUCUCAACCAUGGCACUGAAACCGAAGUUCUGCUGGUGAAGAAGCAAAUGAGCGACAAGUUGAAUGAACUGGCCGAGCGGGACUUUCCGUUGCAGCCCCGUGAAAAUGAUCAGUUGGACUUCAUAGUGGAAACGGAAGGCCUGAAGAAGUCCAUUCACAAUCUGGGUACUAUUUUAACCACCAAUGCUGUUGCCUCUGAAACAGUUGCCACAGGGGAGGGACUGAGGCAGACAGUGAUCGGACAGCCCAUGUCCGUUACCAUCACAACUAAGGACAAAGAUGGGGAGCUCUGUAAAUCUGGGAACGCUUACCUCACUGCUGAACUGAGCACGCCUGAUGGGAGUGUAGCGGAUGGAGAAAUACUUGAUAAUAAAAAUGGCACUUACGAAUUUUUGUAUACUGUUCAGAAAGAAGGGGACUUCACUUUGUCACUGAGACUUUAUGAUCAACAUAUUAAGGGCAGCCCGUUCAAACUUAAAGUGGUCAGAUCAGCAGAUGUGUCUCCUACCACUGAAGGGGUUAAGAGGCGUGUUAAAUCUCCUGGCAGUGGUCAUGUAAAGCAGAAAGCUGUGAAAAGGCCUGCGAGCAUGUACAGCACAGGCAAAAGAAAAGAGAAUCCCAUUGAAGAUGAUUUGAUCUUCAGAGUAG